GAAUUAGUAUAGAGAAAAAGAGAAAGAUAAUAAUAAAAAAAAAAAAACAUAGAUAAAAAGAGAUGAAGAUAGUCCCCACUAGGGGUUGAAUUGUAAUAGUAUUGGUGACAGUUGGUGUUGCUGGUUGUUGCUGCUGCUGCUGCUGCUGCUGCCUGCUACCUCCAGAGUUCCAGACGUUCCAGACCUUCCAGACCUAGACUCUCAGUCGCUCCUGCUUCAGUCGAUUCAAGUCGAUUAGUGUAGUAGUAUAAAAAUGGAUGCUUUUAAAUUUACGGUGAUAUGAUCAUCAUCGUCUUCUGCUUCAUAUUCUUCUUCUUCCACUUUCCAAUGAUUUAAUUUAACAGUUAAAAUGACCAAAGAAAUAAUAAUAAUUAUUAAAAAAUCAGUAGAUUACUGAAAUUAAAGAAGAAGAAGAAGAAGAAGAAGAAAAAAAAAGUGUGUUGUUAUUGAAUAUAAAUAAGUGGAUAAUUAUAAGUAAAUAAUUGUUAGUGAAUAAUACAAUGUGUAUCAGUUAUGAAAAGAACAUCAGCUAUCAGUGAAUUGUUAAAUCUUAUCAACUACAAUGGUGGAUAACAAUUGUAUUAUCGAAGGAAAUGUCAAAUUUCGUGAUGGCAAAAAAUGGAAAUCGCGAUGGUGUGUUAUGCGGAAAUUAUCUCCAGUGGCAGAUUGUUUACACCUACAACUUUAUGGAGACAGUAAAGACAGAUAUAAGCAAGGACAAACAAAAGCCUCACUGAGUUUACAGCAUUUUUUAGGAAUAGAGAGUGGAUUUACACUUGAUAAAGAAUCUAAUACAAUAGCGAUUAUUUGUCAAGACUUGAUAGUUGUACUUGCCUUUGAUACGAGAGAACGUUUAAUUCAAUGGCAAGUAAAAAUUUCAAAUAAUUUGGGUGAAGAUCAACAAUUUUUAAUAAUAAUAUCAUCGGCACCCUCAAAAGCAAAAGUAUCAAAUGGACCGGCCCAUUUACACAUUCAAGAUCGACGAUUUUGUUUAACAGUCGGUGUCCCGCCACGGUUGAUUGGCGUCUGGGAACUUGCUCAUUUACGGCGUUACGGUGUUGUCGAGGGACGUUUUUGUUUUGAGGGUGGUUCACGAUGCGGCCGUGGUGAAGGUCUACACGUUCUAAUAACUGAUCAGGGAGAAGAUAUUGUGCGUACACUCCAACUAGCGGCCGAGGGUAAAUUGGCGACACGUAAACGGCCUCUUAAUCCACAAUUAUCAUCACAAGACAGCCCGACACGACGUCAAUUCAUACGGUCAGACACACGUGUCAGUGAUUUUUUUCCCUCAAAUGUUUCAUACACAUCAUCUGUAACGUAUAAAGAUCACGAGGGUAUUAAAACAGAAACAACAUCGCCCUGUUGGUCGUCUACUGAAAGCAGGCAUUUUGAAUUAGACGCUGUUGAUUACAACACCAGCUGUCGUGAUACCGUUGGAUCAACUCAGGAACUAUCAGAUCAACAGCAACAACAACAACAACAACAUAAUACUUAUAAUUUUACUUCAUCUCCUCCUACGACUACUACUACUACUACUACUAAUACUACUACUACUACUACUACUACUAUUACUACUACUACUAAUACUAAUACUGCUGCUGCUAUUACUACUUCUACUUCAACUAUUUCUACUAUUAAUUAUCAGCAUCAAAAUCAACAACAGAGUAAUCAAAUUACUGAAUGGAGAAGUGGGUCUCUACCGCGACAAAAUACUUCUGGUAUAGAAAGAUGUGCCAGUUGUAUCAGUAAAUUAGGCGCAAUAUCAAAAAAUUCAGUUAUUACUAGUAGUAACAACACUUCAAGUCACACAAAUACUAUUUGUUCUAGUCCCAGUAGUGGUAAUAAUAUUUUUAAUAAUUUUACUAAUAAUAAUAAUAAUAAUAAUAAUAUUACCACGUGCCAUUCGCAACAGCCACGCGCGUUCGACAGAUUAUCCUUAUCAUCUUACAGCAGCUCGAGCCAUGACAGUGAUUAUUCUGGAUCACAGAAUGCCGACUCGGUCUGUUUAUCAUCAUCAUCAAAAAAUUCACCCUCUUUACCAUCUAAAGAUUCAAGCUGCUUGUUACUUAAAAAUUCACCAGAAGAACCUCAACUUGCUGAUCAAGAACACCAACAACAAUCGGAAGAAAAUAAAGAUAAUAAAGAUAAUGAAGAAGAUAAAGAUAAAUUUGAAAAAUUAAGUACAUUAACGAGUCCAACGACAUUACCACCGCGACCAGCUAAACCGUCCAACAAAAAUAAAUAUAAUAUAAAUAAUAAAAAUAAAAAUAAAAAACCACCUAUGCCACUUCCAAAUGAACGUUGUACGUGUAAACAAAAAUCAACGAUAACUAAAUCAAGUCCUUACGACAAUUACGACAUUCCAAAGAGUAUUUUAGCUCACCAUAUGUCAUUAGAACCGGCAACAAAUCAAGGCGAUCAGUAUUACGAUACACCUAGAAAAAUAAAAGAAUGUUUGGCAUUACCAAAAAAUUAUCCAAAUUAUGAUACACCUCACUCGGCACCUCAAGCUGUUAUGCUUAAACAGUGUGGAUGCCCAGCUAAAUUAUCCUCAUUGGCCUCUUCUUCUUCUUCUUCUUCUUCUUCUACUACAUCUUCUUCAUCAUCUUCAUCGCGGCUUGGUGGUUGUCCUUGUCAUAAUGUAAUGAGUUGGGCGGGAUUUGUUCUCCCUUAUUGUCGUCGUGGAGCUGGUAUUGAACCAACUGGAGUUGCUGUGCAUCCAAUUAAAUUGUCAGGUCAAGGUAAAAUGCCUGUUGUCAAUGCCAAUGGUGAAUUGGCUAUUUAUCCAACCAUUUUAAAUAAUAAAAAAUCUGAUGAUAGUAUCAAUAAUACUAUAACAACUAUAUCAAAUUGUACUACUACUACUACUACUACUACUACUAUUACUACUACUACUACUAGUAGUAGUAAUAUUACUACUGCCAAUAAUUAUGAAAAUAUUGAGCCAAUUGUUGUUAUUGAUACACAGCCAGAAUCAAAACUACGUAAUUACGUAAAUAUCGAUUUCACUGAAUCGCUCGAGUAUUACGAAAAUAGCCGUGAUUUAAUUGCCAAAACAGGAAUUUCACAGGAAGAAAUGAAUGAAAUAGCUGAGGAUUUAAAACAACAAUCUAUAGAUAUUAAUAAUGAUGAUGAAAUUAAAUCACAAGUUAUUCAAGACAAAGUAUGCAAUAAAUGUGGACACGUUAAAGAUAAUAAUAGUUCUAGUCUUAAUAAUUAUCUUGUUAUGAAUCCAGAUAAUAAUAAACCUAAACAAUUUAAAAAAUCAUUUCCCGGUUAUUUACCAAUGCAACCAUCGAUAUCACCACACAAUGCCUGUUCAAAAGAAAUUAUCUCACGUAUUUGUGGUACUAAAAGCUCCAGUAAUCCAACUCUAUUUGGAUCAUCAUCAUCAUCAUCAUUAUUAUUAUUAUCAUCAUCAUCAUCAUCAUCAUCAUCAUCCUCACCGUUAGUUGAAAUAAAUAGAAAACGAUCUGAUUCAGAAUUACGUAUUCCUGGUUCAGCAAUGUUAUCAAGUCCGUAUCUGCGUCGACGUUUAAUCGAUCCUUCAAUAUCUCAUAAUCAACAACAACAACAACAACAACAACAACAACAACACAAUAAUCAUCAUUAUCAUCACAACAAUCAUGGAGAAUCUAGUAGUCUAGAAAUUUUAUGGAGAAAACGAUCUUAUUCUGCUGAAUCACCAUCAUCUAAUUACUUAGAAGAUUCUAGUCCAAGUCCAGGAUUUUCAUCUUCAACAAUACACAAAUGUCCAAGUGAUAGUGGUGAAAAAUUGAUUAUGUUGACUAAAGAUCAACCAAUUAUAGCUUGCUCUGAUUUAAAAAUAAAUAAUCGUGAUAAUGAUGACGAGUCAACAAUUGUUGGACAUAAUAAUGGACACUCCACUGGAUUUUCGUCUAUUAAAAUACGUCGAUCAUCAUCUGUACCAUCUAAAACGGGACACAAUCGUGAUUCUUCAAGUAGUAAUGACUCGGGUGUGUCAACAGGUUCAUUAAGUCAUCGUAAUGGUGAAUUUGGUGAAUGUGAAUUAACAACCACCACCCCUCCAAUUAACGGAAUAAUAAAUUUAUCUUCGAAAAAAAAAAACAAUAUUAUAACAACUAUUUGCAACCGUAAAAGCCCACCACCAGUCACUAUAUGUUAUCACGGAAGUUUACCGAGAAAAUCAAAAUCCAGUGAUCCAUUGAGAGAACUAUCUUUUCAAUUUCAAAAAAUAAAAAUACCAACAAAAUCUUGUUCCGCAGAGGGUGAUAUACCUAAACAAAAUAGUAAUAAUAAUACCAAUAAUAAAGGAUACUCAAGUCCUGGUGAAAAUUCUGGUACUCCUUAUAUUGACUCAAGAAGUACCAGUAGUGGUACUUCAGAUAUGUCUGAUUAUAUUGAAACAUUGUCACUUUCAUCUCAUUCAUCGUCUGAUACACCAGACAGUCUCAGGGGAAGAGCUGUGGCAACAACUUUACGACCACGAAGUGGCAAAGAGUAUUACAAAAUAGACAGAAGUAUUUUAGCAGAACAGAGUCGUAAUUUAUCAACAUCAGGAUCUAGUUAUGCAAACAUAACACCAGUUUUAGAGAAAAGCGAAUCACCAUCGCCAGGCUACAUAAGCAGUUCACCAUUUGAACAGCCUCCACCCUCACGAGAGCACUUUAUUUUCUCAGAGGAAGCUUGAAGCAUUAUUUAUUGCGAUUAAAAAUGACAAAUGGAAAAAUAAAUUUAAAACAAGUGGAUGACCUUUACGACUAUUUAUACUAUACGCGGAUAUCAUCUCUGGUGAUUACUGGCAUAUUUUUUUAACCAUCUAUUGUUCUAAACUUGCUUACAAAUAUGAGAAUGGGGUAAUAUACAUUGUCUACUUUGUCUUACAUAAAAAUAAUAAUUAUUUACUUUAAGGAAAAAUUUUUAAGUAGAAAAAAAAAAAAAUCCGCUCGACUAAUCCGCUCGCACAUAAAAGUCAUUAUUAUUAUUAAAACAUGACUCUAUUUUUCGAGUCUUCCUUACUUAAAUAUUUCUUUAGAAAAAUUAAAAAAAAAAAAUCUUGCGUAUAGUCAAAAUACAGUCAAUAAUCAAAUACUUCCUACAACGACUAAUUUAUUUAGAAAAAACU